AUGUCAAUGGCUGAUCUGGACUGGGAUACCACCCCGGCGCUGUCGCCGCCGCCUGGUGAGCAUACCGACUUUGUCCACCACCCAUAUGACGGCAACCGCUAUGUCAUUGUCAAUGCCGUCUUCUUGGUGAUUUCGUUAUCAUCUAUCCUUAUUCGACUAUGGACUCGCAUAUUCAUUGCCCAAGGCUUCCGGCUGGAUGACGUGCUUAAUUGGGGCCUCGGCGUUCACAUGUGGGAUGUUCCUCUUUCCCAUCUCUCGCCGUGGUUUUUGAAGCUCAAUGUUGUGGCCGCUAUCAUCUACUGCGCUGGCACUGGAUUCCUCAAGGUCUCAGUGCUAUUGUUUUACAUGCGCAUCUUCCCUAGUCGCAACUUCCAUAUCGCCGUCUGGGUGCUCGUGUUCAUCGCCGCCGGUUAUAGCAUUGCCAGUGUACUGGCUAAUGUGUUCAGCUGCAACCCGGUUGCGAAAUCCUGGGACAUGCGAAUCGUUCAUGGUUCCUGCAUGGACCGGCCGACCUUUUACUUUUGGAAUGCCGGACUCGGUAUAUUUACAGAUUUUGCCACUGUGCUCGUGCCUGUGCCAUGGCUGCGACGACUGCAAAUGCCGAAUCGACAGAAGAUCGCUGUCGGCUGUAUUUUAGCGACUGGAUGUUUCGUCGGUAUCGUGAGCUGCAUCCGGCUUUCCAGUCUGUACAUCCUUCAGCACACUGACGACCUAACCUGGGCUACAACCAAUGCCCUAAUGUGGUGUGUGAUCGAACUAAAUCUAGGCAUCUUUGGCGGCUGCGUGACGGCCAUGAGACCGUUCAUGCGGUGCUACUUCCCCCGCCUGCUCGGCCUGUCAUCGUACAGCGGCGACAAAUAUCCAUCACGGAGUCGUGGCAACUCACUCCCUCUCCAUUCAAUUCCCCGCAGCAACCAUCCAACCUUUUCGAACCGCGGUCACAAUCACUCGACCGCGUACAAGUCGGCCCUGGAUAACUCGAGCGAAGAGCACAUUCUAUCAGGCGCUUCCGCCCCGUCGGGCGCAGGCAAGGAAAUCGACGGCAUCAUCCGAACAGUGGAAGUCGAUAUCAAGAAAUCGGGAGGUUGA